CUCGAGAAGAUAAAGCAUUUUCAUGUCGUCUUCCCCGCAUAAGUAUACACGUAACAUAAAAACUAUACAUCUUCGUCUUCGUCUUCGUUAACAAACAAAAAUCGUGGGAUAAAAACAUGGACACUAAAGAAGAUGAAGAGUCUCGUGUUAUGAGUCCGACCGAACUUCAACUUCAUGAUUCAGUUUCUGUAAGAACUGGAACGUUGUGGACGGCGGUGGCACAUAUAAUAACAGGAGUGAUAGGAGCAGGAGUGUUAUCUUUGGCUUGGGCCAUGGCCGAGCUUGGUUGGAUUGCUGGUCCAGCCGCCAUGAUAGCCUUCGCCGGAGUCACACUUCUCUCUGCUUUUCUUCUUUCCGAUUGCUACCGUUACCCUGAUUCUGAAAACGGUCCCAUCCGACUUAACUCUUACUCUCAAGCCGUUAAAUUGUAUUUAGGGAAGAAGAAUCAGAUCGUAUGCGGGGUCUUUGUAUACAUUACCCUUGUUGGUUGUGGCGUUGCUUAUACCAUUGUGACAGCUACUUGCCUUAGAGCAAUCAUGAGAUCGAAUUGUUAUCAUAGAGAAGGACACACUGCAACAUGUUCAUUUGGAGACAAAAACAACUACUUCAUGCUUUUGUUUGGUUUGCUUCAGAUCUUUAUGUCACAAAUACCUAAUUUCCACAACAUGCUAUGGCUCUCUCUUGUCGCUGCGAUUAUGUCUUUUGCUUACUCUUCCAUAGGCCUCGGCCUCGCCUUUGGCAAAAUCAUCGAAAAACGACAAAUUGAGGGAAGCUUAAAGGGAAGUCCAGCAGACAACAUUGGUUCAAAAGUAUGGUUAGUGUUCCAAGCUCUUGGGAACAUUGCCUUUUCAUAUCCUUUCUCAACCAUACUUCUUGAGAUUCAGGACACAUUGGGAUCCCCACCAGCGGAGAAGCAAACGAUGAAGAAAGCCUCUCUGGCCGGGGUAAUCAUCACAACAUUCUUCUACCUUUGCUGUGGAUGUUUUGGCUACGCGGCCUUUGGAGAUUCCACCCCGGGAAAUCUCUUGACCGGUUUCGGAUUCUAUGAGCCAUUCUGGCUUGUCGAUUUCGCCAACGCUUGUAUUGUUCUUCAUUUAGUAGGUGGAUAUCAGGUCUACAGUCAACCAAUAUUUGCGGCUAUGGAGAGAUGGCUAACAGAGAAAUACCCACAAAACAAGUUCGUCGCCAGAUUCUACGGUUUCAAACUGCCAAUGUUACGAGGAGGAAUGGUGAGAGUGAAUCCAAUGAGGAUGUGUUUGAGAACGAUGUAUGUGGUUAUCAUAACGGGAGUAGCAAUGGUGUUUCCAUACUUCAAUGAAGUACUUGGAGUGUUGGGUGCACUUGGGUUUUGGCCUUUGGCAGUGUAUUUCCCUGUGGAGAUGUGUAUAUUGCAGAGGAAGAUCCGAAGUUGGACGCGACCAUGGCUUCUACUUAGAGUUUUCAGCUUUGUUUGCUUGCUCGUCUCUCUCUUGUCUCUUGUUGGAUCUAUUCAUGGACUUGUCGGAGCAAAAUUCCGAUGACUAACCAAUAGCUAAUUAUUUUGAUA